CACUCAUGAAGACACUAUACUCAUGAGAACAGUCCUCGUGAUAAUAAUAUUCGUAAAGUUACAGCAUCUAAACCAGAGGAAUUACUCCAAUCAGAUUAUUUAAAUUCUAAUACUUUCACAUGUACGUAUAUCGGACGGUGACGAUGAUAGUGAUAAUAUUGAUUGGAAUGAAAACUUAGCUGAUUUGUCUGCUAAUUCAAGUUCACAUUUAUAUGAAAAUUCUCACAAUUCGGUCAAAGCUGCUACUACAUUCAUCAUGUCUAUGGCUAUUGAAUUUAAUUUUCCAAAAUAAUGUUAUUGAAAGAAUAUUAAAAGUUAUCAAAACGUUCUUACCAAUUCGAAAUAAGUUACCAACAACUCUUACAUCUAUACUUAAAUUAUUUGAUGCAGCACCUGUAACUUCCUCCAAGUUUUUUUGUAAUUUAUGUCUUAAAUUAUGUACAUUGCGAUCUGUGUGCAAAUUAUGUCAAAGUGAUAUAUGUAAAUUAGUUAAUAAGCUUCUUCGAAAUCGCAAUAUUAAUGAAGUUGUCACUUUGGAUAUUAAACCGUGUCUGAAGUCAAUAAUUACUAGAAAUAUUUCUUUAUUUGGCAACAACACAUUUGUUGAACAAUUCGACAUCAGCUGUGGUACAUACUAUAAAAGAAUGAUCGUACUAUCAUGUAUUUCUUUCUGAAGUACGAGUCGAUUACGAACAAGAUUAAACUAAUUUUUUAUAUUAAAUUCAUGAUUUUGUGUCGUAUUUUCACGACAUAUCUUAGUGUAUUUUAAUGUAUCUAUAUAUUAUUUGUAUAUUUUAAAUGAUACAAAAUACAUACGCAAAAUUGUAUACAACAGAAGCACGAAGAAAAGAUGCAGAAUUUGCUUUUAUUAGUUAGAUGAACUAACCGAGUAGUUUCAGUAUUGUAUCUAUUAGAAGACUAAUUAAUGUUGACAACUUUGGCAAAGAAUCUAUUCGAGAACAAAAUAAAACUUCUCGUAUUACUGUCGAGCGAACCGGUACGUUAUUAAUUAUAUAAUUUUUCGGUCAAAUACUUGUUUUCUCUUGUAUAGAUACUCUUAUUGAAAUGGAACAACUAGCUCAAGAAGCAGAAAAAUUAUCUACGUACAAAAUGAAUUCUGACGUAGUAUCUGACACGGAGAAAUGGCUUAAAAUAAAAAGAAUCAUCAAUCAGAAAAAAUAACGAUAAACCAAGUAAGUUUGAAUAAAGAAUCUCUUGUCUUUCUAAGCUCAUUAUUUAUUUUCAAAUUUUCAGAGAUAACCAGCGUUGAAGGCUAAUGAAAGUUCGCUGACUGAUUCAAAUAGUAUAUGAUAAUAGAUAUGACGUGAAACAGUUGAAGGUUAUAUCUUAUCAGAGAAUGUGUUAUGUCUUCUGAUAAAAAUCUUGACAGAUUGUAAGUCACUAGCAAAGAACAUUUAAUCGAAUACCGGACCAUCAGUCACCUUAGUUUUAUAUUCUUAUUGACCAGGAUUCAUUGUAUCACCUAAUAAUGAGUUAUAUUUUUGUUUUUGAUUAUUCGAGAAGUCAGCAUUGCACCAUUAAUGUAGAGUAAUCACUAGAAAUAGUUAUAAGUAGUUUAUCUUUGAUUGCUUUGGUACGAACGUCAAUAAUUGCAAAGCAUCAUUUGAUUAUAUUAUUGUCUAUAUAUUUACUAUACAUUUUUUAGAUUUACUUAAUAAACAAUUAACUGAGCUGCAUACUUUUGAUCUUCGCGAACAUCGAACAUAUACAACAUUGAAUACUUGUUUAUUUGACGAACCAGAUAAGGCUGGCGAAUGCUCCAGAAUAUCAUCUGAUAAAGAUGAUGAUAAUGAAUCAAGUUAUGAUGAAGAACAAGAAACGGUUAAAAGCACUGAUGAUCAUAUUCUAUCUCGAGAAAUACCUGUAAAACGAUAUCAAGUUAAUGAUACUUCAUCAUCAACUGUGAAUCAAGAGAAACUUGUCGUUAAUCAGUCAUCAUCUGCACCAAUAAAGGAAAUGAAUUAUAACUUGGGCCAACUUCCCAAGCAAAUAGCUGGUCUUGCUCAUCCAUAUGAACAACAUCAGAAAACGUUGAAUUUGAUUUUAGACGAUCAAAAGAAAAUAGCUAAAGCUAUGCGAAAUCAUAAAAUUCCAAUUGUAUUAUUUGAUGAGACAGAGCGUAAACCAUCAACAUCUACUAUUGAUUCGAGCACUAUCACUUGCAAGUCCACUACCGGCGAACAAGCUCAACUGCUUCAAAUUCCAGUAGAUAAAGCAAAUCCAAAUAAAUUUGUUUUAAAAACUGUAGAUCGAAUACUCAAACAGGGAAAAGAACUUUUUGAUCCACCCUCGAUCGAUACAGAUGAUCGAAUUAAAGCUAUUCUAGAUUCCGUCCAAGUAAAAUUUGGUUUAACAAAUGAUGAGCUGGCAACAGUUUGGAUGCCGAUGCUAGAUUGCAUCAAGUUUAAGCGAAGAAAUUUAAAUGCUAAACUACGCAAUACAACUACAUCAAGUAGUUUCUUUCUCGGAAAUUGCUAA